CAUUUCCCUGGCAAAUGUAGUCACCACAACCAGUCACACUUCUCUCCUCCCUGCUCUACCACCACUCUACCGCCUCCUUCCUUCAUCCCUCAUUUUGCACAAGUCCCAAGAGGAUAAGAUGCCAUGGAGGCCACGGGGGGAACGGUCCUUUGUGUCUGCUCGCUGCUGGUCCUCCUAACAGACGUCAGCGCAAAGUUCAUCCACGUCCCUUCAUCAACCCGUCACGGCAUCGAAGGGAAGUCCGUAUGCCUGCCCGUUGAGGUGUACUUCCAAUUGAACGAGGUGGAUAUCCAGGGAACGUGGGCCCACACCUCGACGAGCGGCACCAGCACCACUGUGGUGACAUUUACCAAAGUCUCCAACAUCCCCAACAUGAUUUACCACGACCACAUCUCGUUCAAAGAGCCCAAUAUGACUUUGCUGAUACGGAAAUUAAACCAGCGUGACGAGGGAAUUUAUCACCUCAACCUCAACGUCGUGUUUCUUAACAAGUCGGGGCAGAUUUUCAAAGAGGAGAGGACAGUGCGUGUCACUGUUGAUGUUCCUGUAUCCACUCCGAUCAUUGAGAAGAGCCCGUCUUAUGCGCUGGUUGAGGACAAGGCCAACGUGACGUGGACAUGUUCGGUGGAGAGAGGAACAAGGGUUGCGUUUCAGUGGUACAGAGACAAUAAGCUCCUGGGUGUCAGUGACAGAUAUCACUUUUCCAAAGACAAAUCCACACUGCUCAUCAGUCCGAUUAAAAAAGAGGACAAGGGAAGUUACCGAUGUGUGGCGAGCAACCCCGUCAGCCAGGAGGGAUGCGAAAAGGCCGUGGAGCUCACCGUUUACUAUGGCCCGUACAACUUAGAGGUGAACUCCGAGCAAGGCCUCCGCACCGGGGGUGUGUUCACCAUCAACCCUGGAGAACUGGUCUUCUUUGAUUGCCAGGCUGAUUCCAACCCCCCCAACAGCUACGUGUGGAUCUCCAAGGGGCCCAACACGACCACGCAGGUCAUCACCGAGGGCCCGCGGUUGGAGAUUCUCUCCUACAGACUGGCCCAGGCUGAGGAGUACCUAUGCCGCGCCUUCAACAAUGUGACGCAAAAGCAAGACGAGACCCAGUUUACCUUGGUGGUCGCCAGCCUGGGAACAGGAAAAGAUAAGCACACCCAGGAUCACAAUGGCGUAUCCCCGCUGGCUGUUAUUACUGUGUGUUCUUUGUUCAUCAUCGGUGGCAUGCUGCUCGUCUUUUUUAAGAAAGCUUGUCACCCAAAGACAGUGCUCAUGAGAAUUUAUAACAGCAGACUCAUCUCUGAUCAGGAACGACCACAUCGAUCAGGCCAUGAGGAUGCAACUGAAGACUUUGGUAUCUAUGAAUUUGUCUCCAUACAUGGGACCAUAGAAUCUGCUAGGGUAUCAUGCAAAUCCCUGGCUCGCCUGGAGUCAGUCCAGGAUAUGCACACCACAAUCUAUGAUGUGAUCAGGCACGUUCCCGAAACCCCUGGCCAGAGUUUGCUCGAGUGACUUUUAAGUCAUCAACUUAAAAAAUUCGAUUUGUGUUUGUUUUGAGGCUCUUGUCAAAGCCCAAGGCACUGCUGACUCAUUGUUUGCACUCGAGCUGAUAGAGACCUGUGCCAGUACACAAUCAUAUUGUGCACUGUUGUGGUCCACAUGCUAAGGCAGAUCAUUUAUUUGAUUAAUUUGACUGUAUUUACUCAAUUUGAGAUGAACAUACACAGGGUGAUGUCAACGUAAGCAUACUUAGAGAGAGAGCUCAAAUUUAUUAACCAAAAAAUGUUCAUUUCAUGUUGUUCCUGAAAGAAAGUGAAUUUUGAGACCGGUAUUUUUUGUAACAUGUUAAUGAAAGAGUGAGAUGGAAAACUGUAAAUACUGUACAUAGAUUAUGAGAUUCUUUUAAAACACCUGUAUGAUUCUAUGUCUAUGUUUUCUUCGGAUCUAUUUAUUCCUAUUUGAAACCCUUCAGCUUGGUUCUAUAAAUGUAGCAUUUGUCUGUGUGUAUAAAUAUGAAAGCUGAAUGAUUGUGUGUUUUUUUUAAAUUAAUGUAUAGUUUGCAUUUUUGUUUUUUUUAUUUCAAUAAAUAUGUCAGUAUGACAUGAUGGAUGCCAA